AUGGGCGUACUGGGAUUUGCUCCUUUCAUACAAAAAACCUGUCCUGAGGUAAUCAAAACACUCCCAAAUCGAUUGCGCUCACUCAGUGGGAAAACUGUCGUCUUAGAUGGCACUCUUAUAACCCAGCGUCUGCAUUUCGCGCCGAUGCCACACCGAUACAGGCAUGUCCUAGGGUGGUACCGCAUCAUACGCGAACUACGCGAAUGUGAUGUACAUGCGAUUUGCGUGUUCGAUGGAAAGGAGCGUAGCCUUGCGAAGGAGAUGGAGAUCAAACGCAGACGUGCUGUGCGCAAAGUUACAGAGGCGCGAGGGGAGCUGGAGCUUCAGCGCUUAGGACGUCUCCAGCGACUGACGUCCCUGUUGCACUCGUGGCGCGCGUUGAAUACUCCAGCGCAAAAUAAAGCCGCGGAUUCCCUACGGAGUCUUGUGGGUGAACAUGUGAAUCUUCCGCCCCUACCUUCGUACAUGACAGGCACUCCAAGGGAUGACACGCCUAAUACUCUCCUCCAUUACAAUGCGCAUCCAUGGCAUGUUGUCCCUUCAGAGGAGGCUAUGGGCGACUUCAGCCAGUCUGACAUGGAUGACGUCCUCAAACAUGCAGGCGUUCCGGUCAACGCUUCACAAGACGCGGACUCUAUGCCAUUCGCAGAUGGACCGGGAACGAGUGAGUACACGACUAACCCGGUCAUACCUCCUCUAUCAGGCAGAGACGGUCCCGCGACAAAUUCUGUCGAGACAGCCACGGCCCCGCCAGUGGAACAACCGACUGACAGCAGCGAUGACAUCCCACACCUCCGUGAUCUGUCUUUGCAUGAUGUUCCCGAUCUUGAAGAGGUUGUGGAACUCGACGACGAAACUUCCGCCAUUGCAUCAACAGCGCCAGAGCUAGAUGACCUCUCUUCUCCGCCUAUGCCGAUACCGACGGAUUUAGAAACCGAGUCUGAACAAGUCGACCCCGAAGACCUUUCCUCUGCGUUGUCCGAGCUAUAUCUGCAGUACCGCCAAAGUGUGCCAGAAUUGACAUCACUGCCGGAGCAAGCACCGGCCGAGGCAGUCACUCCCGAGGCAGAAGCGUCCGUGGACGAAGACGCAGCCGCCUCCGCUGCUGAUGCGCAGGCAGAAUAUGCGAUGUCCAAGACACAGCAUCAAUUAAUGCUCGAUGAGGGACAGUUGUGGGCGCACCUCGCAGAGGCUGACCUCGGCGACGCAGAAAUCACAGCAGUGGCAGCCCUUACUCACAAGAGCAGCAUAAUCUCGGAAUCCUACAAGCGUCGCACUCAUCCACCGACGAUAGAAACGUACACAGAGAGCAGAGAGAUUCUCGAGGCACUUGGUGUCCCUUGCAUCGAGCCCACGGGGCCGUUCGAAGCUGAAGCACUUGCAUCCUCCCUGGUGAUCAAUGGAUAUGCGGACUACGUCGCCAGCGAAGACACAGACGUACUUGUGUACGAGGCCCCCUUGAUCCGGAACAUCUCAAACCGUUCUGGGCCUUUGGUCGUGAUCUCUGGCACAGACGUGCGUGAGCUCCUUGCGCUUGAUCGGGCAGGCUUCGUCGACUUCGCUCUUUUACUCGGCACCGACUUCUCCUCGCGCAUCAAGAACGUCGGACCCUCACGGGCGCUGGCACUCAUCCGCGAACACGGCUCGAUCGAGCGAGUUCUGGAACAAGCCCCGCAAUUUCCACCACGCACUCCGCAGGACGUCUAUCUCGCGCAGGUCGAUCGGGCCCGCCUGGUCUUCGAGACACUCCCGUCUCCACCAGACGCGUCGAGUAUAGAGAUGAAGGACCCAGACGAGGAGGAAGUUUCCCGUAUCAUGAAACAUUACGGACUGUCGAGCGCUCUAAAGGAAGAAUGGGACGGGAAUGUGGGGUUGGAAGGCAAUUAUUUCCAAGACGACCCGUCCGCUUCUUGA